GCCGCUUUUACGGCCUCUCAAGAUACACGACCUACCUGACGAGCUCCUCAUGGACGUAUCUGGCUACCUUCGCAACCGUGCUGACAUCAAGAACCUCCGUCUAUCCUCCCACCGCCUCAAUAAGACCAGCUCCCACCUUCUGAUGGAUACAGUAUAUGUCAGUCUGAACCCGAAGUCGCUUGAGCGCCUUAGCGAGGUAUCCCACAAUGCAACCAUUUCAAGAGGCAUCCGUCGUCUCGUCGCCUCUGUUGACGUCUACAAUGCCGACUUCGCUCGUAGCGUGCAGUCUUUCGCCGCAAGGUGCAUUCGGGAGAUGGACGAUCUGUAUGAAACCAUGCCUUCGGACAGCCCCAACAGCAGGGACACUUUCCGCAUCCGGCAUUCUUGGAUUGAAUUUACCGAAACAUUUACCGACACUUGUGAUGAUGGGGCGCAUCUCGACGAUGAGAACAUCAACGCCCUAUACAUUGGCUGGCUACGAUAUCACGUACUGUAUCAUGAGCAGCAGAUGGUCCUCCGCCAUGGUCGUUUCCCACAAGGCAUCGCUUCAGCGAUUGGCAGAAUGCCCUGCCUCGAGGAAUUGGUGAUCAGAGACAGGUCACGUAGCUCCGACGACGAGCAGCCCCGGAGUCCAAGUACUUUCCACAAGCUGGGGAAGUUGGUCCGGAAUCCUAUCCGUCUAGUUGAAGAGAUGACGCUCCAUACUUUCUCAUGGCAAAAGGCGAGAAUGAUGGGAGUGGAAAACCCACCCACUCAACUCCUCUACCAAAUCCCCCUGGCAAUCCACGACGCAGGUCACUCAGUGGCUCACCUCAGAUUCGACCUGACACCUCCUCGCUCCUUCCAAUUACAACUCAGCAGCGGCCAGAUGUCUCGACUGAACCUUUUUGCCCAGGGCUUGAAAUCUUUCAAGUUCAGUGCCAGAGCGGAGCCGGCGAGCAUUCGGAGGCCCUCUCGAGACACAGAGGAAAAGGAGAAUCUCAACUUCUUCUGGACCGCUUUCAUGAAAUCAAUGCGUUUGGAUUUUGUGGCACUAGACUUUGCUUUCGAAGAGCGAGACUGUCUCGCAGCAAACCGCACGCAUGAUCCAAACCGCACUUCCGUCGGCCCCCUCCUGGCUAAUUUGCAUCAGCCCCAGAACAUUCACCUGAAGAACUGCUCAAUCACCCUGAAAGAGCUUCGAACUUUCGUCCGUCUUCCAAGGAAGGAGCCUGCCGUCCUCGGACUUUGCGCGGAGGACUCAGCCAACAAUCGGGGCAUGAUGAUGCGGCGUGAAGAACUCGAGGACAACAAGUAG